AUGCCACCGAAAAAUCAGAAGUCUUCUGGUGGGAAGGGUCGGGCAGCAGAAGAAGCCAAAGAAGACCCCCUUUCAGCAGUUGUUGUCGCCGACAGUUUCGAGACAAGAUUCCGGCCUUUUACUCUGGAGAAACCUCGAUGUUUAUUGCCCUUGGCCAACACCCCUUUGAUCGAAUACACACUCGAAUACCUGGCUAGUGCUGGCGUUGAAAUUGUCUACAUCUACGCUGGGCCCCAUAUCGACCAACUGGAAGCCUACAUCAACGCAUCACGAUGGCGGGCAUCAACAUCACCUUUUACAGAGCUGCUCUUUCUCAGGUGUAUAGCAACUUGUGUCGGCGAUGUCAUGCGUGAUCUAGACCAGAAGCACUUGAUGUCAGGGGAUUUCCUGGUCGUCGGGGGUGAUAUUGUCUCCAAUUUUCCUCUUGAGAAGGCUCUGUCACAGCACAAAAGUCGCCGAGAGAAAGACAAGAAUGCCAUCAUGACGAUGGUGCUUCGUGAAUCAGAACCUGGCGUGCACGAGCACGGCGAAGGAGUGGUCUCUACCUUCGUACUGGACCCUUCAAAAAACAGAUGUUUGCACUACGAAGAAUCACUGCCUGGUGAACAAUUUACGGCUCAGAUUGACCCAGAGAUUCUGAAAACGCCAGAGAUUGAAAUCAGGCAGGACCUUAUUGACUGCCGCAUCGAUAUAUGCACCCCCGAUGUGCUCAGCCUGUGGUCGGACAAUUUCGACAAUCAAUCACCCCGCAAGGACUUCCUUUUUGGUGUCUUGAAGGACUGGGAACUCAACGGAAAGACCAUUCAUACCUUCAUCGUCAAGGACCAUUACGCUUCCCGGGUUGCAGAUUUUUGGUCGUAUAAUACUGUCUCCCAACACUUCCAGCAAGAUAUUGUCAGCUCCAUCGCAGUCGAGAACAAUGUUUUUGGUGAGACUAAGUACGAUCGGUCACAAUCUGGCUAUAUCAAAGACCGCGCAAUUAUUGUCCACCGACCGGCAAAGAUUGACGGUGGGUCCAUCAUUGGUGGUAAUACCAGUCUCGGCCGAGGGUGCUCCUUGACGAGUAGUGUCGUGGGUCAACGCUGCCACAUUGGGAAGGACACUCAAUUGAAUUCUACUUAUGUCUGGGAUGAUGUUGCAAUUGGCAAUAAUGUCAAGAUUACCCGUGCAAUUGUGGGUAACGAGGUUUUUAUUGGAGACGACUGCAUCAUUGAGGAGGGCGUCCUCAUCUCUUUCGGCGUAAGGAUAGCGCCUGGCACUACAGUUCCCGCAGGAUCAAGAGUAUGCAAGGGUCAAGGUGUAUCAGACGGAGGAGCACGAAAUGAUGGGCUUGUGGGCGGCUUGGGCGGUGAUGGCCAUGCGUACUUGGAAGAAGAAGACGAUUAUUUCGGGUCAAGUGCAUCCCGGCUGGUCUUCGACAAACUCGAUUAUGCCGAAUCAAUAUCUAGCCAGGGGUCUGAUUUGUCCGAGGAUGAAGCAUCAUCCUUCGAAGGCUCAAGAAGUCACAGCUUUGCUACAUCUAUGUCGGAUGAUGAUCAAGGGGACCGUUUCCAACACGACACGGUCGCCAUUCUCUUCCAAAGAAUGAAAGAAGGGCAGAAGGCUGACGACAUGUUGAGUGAACUCAUGGGACUGCGCUUUAGUGGUGGGGCAGAUGAAACCCAGGUCCGCCAUGCAGUCGCUGUUGCACUGAUGAAGCAUAUUCAUGGAUGCAUAGAAGAAAAUCUGUCACCCGCAGAAGCCACAAGGAAAACUCUCCAGGCAUACAACACCUUGAUACGACGGACAGGAGCCACUCAAGCUGUCCACGAACAAGUGUCAUUCCUGUUAGAUGCUCAGAAAGAUCUUACACGACGCAAGGAAGGUGGAAAGACACUGCUCUUUGUCGUCAAAGAUCUUUAUGACCUUGAAGUCUUUUCGGAGGAUGCAUUUGUGUCUUGGUGGGCGGAUGAGAGGUCUAGCAGUGAUGCAGACAUGAAUGCAGUCAGACAGCAAAGCGCUCAAUUUAUUGAAUGGCUUGAGAAUGCAGAGAGCGAAAGUGAGAGUGAAGAGGACGAGGAUGAUGAUGAUGAUGACGACGACGAAGACGAAUGA